AUGGCGACUCGAUCUCAGGCUUGGCACGCAACCGCACCAGCUAUAUCACCCCAAUUGAUUGACAUUCUAGUUCUCAUUCUGUACGCCGACUUUCUUUCCAGUGACCUCCGGAUUCGGCCCUUUACCAAACUCUCCGCAAACAUGAUAAGCACUUGUUUGGACCUCGCGCUCUUGUGCCAUCCGGUACUCGCGCUCCUUACCAUCCAGAGACCAAAGAUGCAGACUCAGCAGUCACUAUGGCAGUACUUUCUGCUCAGUUUUCUGUCGCUCCUCGCCGUCCGAUAUGUGAGCAGCACGGGCACGCAGCCUCAUAUUCUGGUUGAGGCCGUAACAGGCGUUUGCCAAACAUGCACCCAGCCAAACCCAAUUGCAGUAACAUACCCCAACAACGCAACGGGAGUCCUCAACGGCACAAUCUCAGUGGUUCCCAUCUCGCUGGCUCUCGCACGGAAAUUGAUCCCCCCGCAAUACCGCAUCCUGGAGCACGCAUACCGCCAUCUUCUCCCUUCGUUCCCAAAGGACAUGUACCCCGUGGUAGUGCAAGCCAUGCUGGACCACGACAUCCAAGCAUUCGGCUUCAAGAUACCCGACUUUUCGCGCGCUGGGCUUGAAUUCCCCUUUCUCGAUCUCCUCGGCGACAACAGCACGUCGUUCAAAUGGGUGCCGUCACUGCUCAUUACCGCCAACAACAGCGUCGCCAUCAAGGGGUCGGCCGACUACGGCACCCACACGUUUCCCGCAACAUUCGACUCGGCAUGCAAUGCGUACAGCGGCGUCCCGGAUGCCAAAAGACCCGGAACAACAACAUCGUCUAGUGCCAAAAGCACAGAUGCCACCACUUCCAACACCACCGCCGCUCUCGCAACCCUCUUCUCCGCAACAACCAAGAAACCAUAUCCCAUCUCCUUCUUCGCAAACGUCACCAACCAGGUCAUCUUCGCCGACGCCAAGUCGUGCGACAACCAGAUCCGGCUCUUCAAUACCAGUCUUUCCACGGCCCCGAACAAAAUUGAGUUUGUAAGGGGCUCCGUGCGCGCGAAGUUCUGGCCUUUUGAUACAGAGCAUGUGUGGAAUAACGUCUAUGGCGUUCGCUUGGCUACCGCUUUCAUCGAGAACAACUACCUUCCCUGCGAGAACUUCCGCGGCUACGGCUCGUGAGUUGUUGUAGGUGGAUGCGAGCGCCCCUCCAAGGAAUAUGAUGGUUCCAUUGGCGCGCCCGUCAAAUCCUGAAGCGCAAACCAACUACCGUGUUAGUGGGCGGUCCGCAUGCGUGUGCGCAUCCACGUACUAAAAAUAGAGAACUGCAACUGCGAUCAGCAGGAGCAGAGAGCAGAACAACGUAAAUAUUUUCUUCUUUUCCUCCCAACUUCGGGGAGGAGUUUUUGUAUGAGAGGGGGGAGGCGCGGUGCUUGUCAGAGUAAUUCUUACAUCGACAC